UGAGAUUCUUAAUUUCAAAGCUUGUAGAUGUAGAUUGCGUGUUUGAGCUUCUAGAGAAAUAUAUAAAUUUCCGACGUCAUUCUUGCCCAGCUUUGAAUUGUUGAACUUCCUCACUAUUUCUGCUCCAACACCAACACCCACCUCACACCAUCAACACAACCCGUCCUGUGUGCAGCUCAAUGCUUUGAACUUACCAGAAAGCUGUAACCAUGUUUUCUGCUAGAGUCACUCUGCGCACGGCAAGCCAACUGAGGCCUCUCCGCGCUGUUUCCGCCUCCAAUACCUCGUUCAGACUCCCGCUCGACCGCCGACGGUAUAUCUCCGCCUACGGCUACACCCAGGCCAAAGCCCUGGUCUACGGCAACUAUGGCGAACCCAAGGAUGUCCUAAGCCUACACGCCCACUCCAUUUCCCCCCCACACCACUCCCAGGUCAAUGUCCGCCUCCUCGCCGCACCCCUCAACCCAGCCGACAUCAACCAAAUCCAAGGCGUCUACCCUUCAAAACCCACCUUCACCACCACACUCGGCACCAGCACCCCGUCCGCCGUCGGCGGCAACGAAGCCGCCUUCGAAGUCAUCUCGACAGGGUCCGGCGUCAAAUCCCUUACAAAGGGCGACUGGGUAAUCAUGAAGCGAACAGGCAUGGGCACCUGGCGCACGCACGCCCAAUUCGACGAGGCAUCCCUCAUCAAGAUCGAAGACCGCUCCAACCUGACCCCGAUCCAAGUCGGCACUGUCGGCGUCAACCCCGUCACCGCCUACCGGAUGCUGCGCGACUUCUGCGCGUGGGACUGGAUCAGCAGGCCCGGCGAGGAAUGGGUGAUCCAGAACGGCGCCAACUCCGGCGUCGGGCGCGCCGUCAUCCAGCUCGCGCGCGAAUGGGGCAUCAAGACCCUCAACGUCAUCCGCGAGCGCGACACCCCCGCCGAGACGGAGGCGCUGAAAAACGACCUGCUCGCCCUCGGCGCCACGGCCGUCGUCACAGAGGCCCAGCUCCUCUCGUCCAAGACGUUCCGCGAGAUCGUGCACGAGGCCACACGGCAGGGUAAGGAGCCGAUCCGGCUCGCGCUGAAUUGCGUGGGCGGGCCCAGCGCGACGGCGAUGCUGAAGGUGCUGGCGCCUGAGUCGUGCAUGGUUACGUACGGGGCCAUGGCGAAGCAGCCGCUGACGCUGCCGUCGGGUCUGUUGAUUUUCAAGAACCUGGCCCUCAAUGGGUUUUGGGUGUCCAAGUGGAGCGAUAAGAAUCCGGCGCUGAAGACGGAGACGGUUAAUGAUAUUCUGAGGCUGACGAGGGCGGGGAGGUUUAAGGAUAUUCCUGUCCAGGAGGUGAAGUGGGGGUGGGAGACGGAGGCGGCGGAGUUGGCGGCGGAGGUACAGGGGACGUUGAGUGGGAGGAGGAGCGGGAAGGGCGUGUUUGUGUAUGAGGGGGAUUAAGUGGGAGGAAGGCUGUUCUUUACACCUUGGUGUUUGUUUCUAUACUUUUGUAAAUUUUUAUGUGGAUUGUAUAUAAUAAAUACAUGAAGAAAAUGCACGAGUCUGUUACUAGCUAGCUAUCUUCUAUAGUCCGGAAUGAAGGCCAAAUAGAGGAACAGAAACCAGUGUGGAAAGAAAGUGCAGCCAUGGACACACGCCUAUCCAUUCUCUCUCUAAUAGAACCCGCUCUUUGCAAUCAUAAAGUUCUGUAUCUGUAAACCAAACUAUAUUAUGGGGCUAAAGAAUCCCAAAACGGCCGAACUAUAUCAAUCGUACCUAAGAUGCCAUAAAUCCAACAUGAACAUGUAUAUAUAUAUCUCUAUCUUCCCAAAACGAAACAUAACCAUGAAUACUAACUAAAAAACGCUGGGCAACCCCGAAACCCCCAACCAAAAAAAGAGCCCAAA